AUGAUGUUCUCUACUGCAAUUUUUGCUCUUCUCGCAUUGCCAUUUGCUUUGGCCGAAAAUGUCACGUUGGAUUGGAAUGUAGGCUGGGUCGAGAAUGUCAAUUUAGACGGUCUCUUCCCCAGACGUGCCAUUGGUAUCAACGGUGCUUAUCCUCCUCCGAUUAUUAUGAUCAAUCAAACAGACUCACUCACGAUUCACUUCAAGAAUGCAUUUGGCGAUGGCAGAGGAACAGCGUUGCACUCUCACGGCAUGUUUUUCAACAACACAGGCUAUUUCGAUGGUGCUGCUUCCGUUACUCAAUGUCCGAUCCCAGACGGAGAGUCAAUUGCUUACCAACCGCAUAACUCCCCUCUGAGUCCCGCUGCUCGUCAAGAUCAAUGGGGUACAUAUUGGACUCACGGUCACUAUGACGGUCAAUACGUGGAUGGAUUACGAACGCCUGCAAUCAUUCACGCCGAUAAGGAACCGUACAAGUAUGAUGAGGAUUACACUAUCAUCUUAGCGGACUGGUAUCACCGUGAGCAUCAUGAUUUGCUGGUCAAUGAGCUUAUCAAUGUCAAGAAUCCACUUGGAACUGAACCAUUCCCUCAAUCAGGUUUAGUCUAUUUUGCCCAUACUGCAAAAGGUAAAAAUGCUGAGUACUUACCCGGUUACAAUGAAAAUGCAACAUUGUCAUUUGAGCCAGGUAAAACAUACCGACUACGAUUGAUCAAUAUGGCCGCGUUAUCCAAAUUUCAAUUUUGGAUCGAAGGACAUGAAAUGAGCAUCAUCGAGGCCGAUGGCGUGGAUAUGAAAGAGUUUCCUGUGGAGAAGAUUCCACUUGCCGUUGCUCAAAGAUACUCUGUCUUGGUACGUGCAAGAAAUGAUACUGGUAAAAAUUGGCCGAUUCAUUUGAACUUAGAUCCGAUCAUGUAUAGCAUAUUGCCGAAGACGUUACCACUCAAUAUCACCUCAACAAUCGUCUAUAAAGAAGGAAACCCCAUGGGAUCGGAUCGACCAACGAUUCAGUACGAGUAUUUUGAUGACACAGCAUUGGAGCCUGUCAUCAGUCAGCCACAGUUGCCUGCUGACGUACGUUUUGUCAAAACGUUUGAUUGGAAUGUGUAUGGGGAUGGAAUCAGUUACGCAUUUUUCAAUGGAUCAACCUUUAUCAAUCCGCUAACACCUUCCCUUUUCACGGCACUCAGUAUGCCUACAAACGAAUCAAAGUUGCCCAUCGUGUAUGGACCAAAUGGGAACGCAAUAGUCGUAGACCAUAUGAAGUCAUUUGAAAUCGAAAUACUCAAUCCUGGUCCCACAAGUCAUCCUUUCCAUUUACAUGGGCAUCAGUUCCAAGUGGUUCAUAUCAGUCAAGAUGUAAACUCCGAUGAUCCUGCAAUCAAUCCACCCAAGAAAGAAGGUCAAGCCAACCCUCUACGCCGUGAUACUGUCUUGGUUCCUGCUACCGGAAGUGCAACUAUACGUUUGGUAGCCGACAAUCCCGGUGCUUGGAUUUUGCAUUGCCAUAUCGAUUGGCACUUAGCCGUUGGAUUGGCAAUGGUCGUUAUCGAAGCACCGGAAAAGAUCCAAGAAAAUCUUCAAGUACCGGCUUACAUGUUUCAACAAUGCCACCAACAAGGUUUACCAUCUAGCGGAAAUGCAGGUGGACUUGAAUCUUCAACAGAUUUUGGUGCUUUGCGUCUUGCUCCUGCACCGUUGGAGUCUGGCUGGACUGUUUCUGCAAGUGUAACACUUUUCGCUUGUAUCUUUACUGUUCUUUUGGGCAACAGCACGAUAUUUUGGUAUAGCUCACGCCACCGAGAUGAAGAAGAUGAAGAUAAAUAA